AAUCUCUUUUCUUAAUCGUUAUUAUAAUUUUUAAUCUUUUCGCGUUUCAUGUUUCGUUUGUUCUUGAACAACCCACAAUUUUCUGAUGCGCUUCUUUUGAUUUUUUUUUUUUUCUCUUUUUCUUUUGGGAUUUUGCAAUGCUAUAGACUGAGAAGUGAGAGCACUGGAAGACUCCGAAAAUGGCGGGCCGUUCUGAAGAAGAAGAAGAUGAAAGCUCCUGCUCCAACUCCUUCAAGACAAUUGGUGGCGCUUUCGGUUGGUUCGUUGGGGACGACGAUUUUGAAGAUUUGGGUUCCGAAUUCGUCUUCAAGAUCGAACCUAGCUUGCUCAUUGACCCUACUGGUUUGAAGAUUGGUCAAGUCAUUGGAGAAGGUUCAUGCUCCAUUGUCUACGAAGGACUGUACGAUUACCGGCCUGUCGCCGUGAAGGUUAUACAGCCAAGCAGAACUUCAGCUAUUAGUUUUGAAAGAAAGGAAAGAUUUCAGAGAGAGGUUAUAUUGCUAUCAAGGGUGAAUCAUGAGAACGUUAUUCAGUUCAUUGGCGCUACCCUAGAGCCGACAUUGAUGAUAAUCACUGAGCUUAUGAGAGGUGGAACACUUCAGAAGUACUUGUGGAGCAUUCGCCCAGAUACCCCAGAUCCGAAACUUUCCUUAAGUUUUGCUCUAGAUCUAUCACGAGUAAUGGCAUACUUGCAUGCAAAUGGCAUCAUUCAUCGCGACUUAAAGCCAAGCAAUCUACUGCUGACAGAAGACAAGCAACGGGUUAAGCUUGCAGAUUUUGGGUUAGCUAGAGAGGAGAUAUCUGGUGAAAUGACUACUGAGGCGGGUACUUACCGUUGGAUGGCCCCUGAGCUAUUUAGCAUUGAUCCAUUGCCUGUUGGAGGCAAGAAAUGCUAUGAUCACAAGGCAGAUGUCUACAGCUUCUCAAUAAUUCUCUGGGAAUUGCUGACGAACAAGACUCCAUACAAGGGCAGAAACAAUGUUAUGGUAGCAUAUGCCACAGCCAAGAAAAUAAGACCAAGUCUCGAGGAAAUCCCAGAAGAUAUUGCCCCUCUCUUGCAGUCAUGCUGGGCUGAGGAUCCCAGUGGCCGUCCCGAAUUUACAGAAGUUACAGAUUCUCUGUGUAAUCUUCUUCAAACUUUUGUCUUAAGAGAAUCUGGGUUUCCUAACAUGGUGGAGCAGACUGAGGAAGUCGAAUGUGCAUCAGACACAUCGUCUUCUCUGAGUAAGAGACAGCACAAGGCCGGAAGAUCGCAUAGAAACUCUUCAUCCUGCCUAAAAUGCUGCUACAACUACUGCUUGUCUGAUUAACUGACAGGUUUUGUUGGGUCAUGUUCUGAAAAAUAGGUGUAAAUGGUCGGUUAGAUUUUGUCUCUUUAACUUGUAACUACAGUUUCAGAGGAGAUGGGUAGUUACCCAGAUCCAAUUUUGUUAGAGACACUGUACAUAAAGGAAAGACGAGAACAGCGAGAAGGAUAUAGCAGCUUUUGAUCAACAGGAUGUUUCUUUGCUCACUUUUGAACAGUUUCUGGGUCUGUGCUUUCUUCAUUUUGCUGUCUAAGUUCAUUAAGGCCUAAAAGGGUUGUCAUGUGGGCAAACUGUGUAGCUGAUUGGUGAAAUGUCCGGAAAAAAGAGGAUCAAUCAUAAGCUGAGUUGUGUUACUUUUGUCCUUUAAUCAAUGCUGGAUGCACUCGCCUGGAACUUUGAAUUUGGAUCUUUUUGUUCAGAAUUUUAGUACAGUGUAGCCGUUAAUUUAAUUUAUUAUUCAAAUAUUUAUCUA